AUGCCCGAAAAAACUUCGCUGACAUUACUUGAUCACUUACCAACAGAAAUUUUAUUCGACAUCUUCGACUAUCUUUCAUGUAAUGAUAUUCUUUACGGAUUUUACAAUUUGAACGAGAAAUUCAAUCGUAUUUUAUUGAAACAUUAUCCACAUUUGAACAGCUUGGAAACUCCAAACAAUGACUUCUGUUUCUGGCAAACUAUUCUUCCGAUUAUUCAACUCCGAGUCGAACAUGUAACAAUCACUAACAUUGACUCUGGUCUCACGCUGAAUGCAUUCCCGAAUCUCAAAUCACUCGUCAUCUCCACAGCAGUUCCCAUUUACUCCGAUGAAUUAAAACCGAUAAUCGAAGAUGAAAAAAUUCGUCAAUUAACAACACUUAAACUUCGCAGUGAAAUUUUGAGCCGCGCAGAUCUCAAUGAAACAUCUUAUAUUAUUCCGACUAUAUUUCAUCAUGCAAAUUCUAUCGAAACAUUCGAGUUUCUGUUGACAUUUGACUUACAUCGAUUGGAAAAGGUGAUUAACGUCACAAUUCAAUCAUUGACAGUGAAACUGAGAAACAGCGCAUCUAUACUAACUUUAAUAACACAUAUGCCGAACUUACGGUAUCUAAAUGCUGUUUUGCAUUCAAUGUUCACCCACCCUUCACGAGAAGAGACUGUCAAUUUAACACACGUUCAAUUAAGAACACUUCUCAUUACAUCAGAAAACGGUUCCAUCAACAAACAGAGUUUCGCCAGAUUGUCAAAUACGAUUAAACAAUUUGCAACCUCAUUAAUUCGUUUAUCGGUGAAGUUAAGUUCGAUCAUAUCGACAGACAAUGAAUUUGAUGGUGUUAUACUUCGAAGCCAACUGCUUAACUCGAUGACACAAUUGAAAGUGUUUCACCUUUUUGUCACCUUCGAUGAAGAACCAACAGAAAUCAGCACAUUAUUAUCUACAUUUCAAAAUAAAUUUUGGUAUGACCGUCGUUGGACGGUUGGAAUUCAUGGAAAGCAUUUAUUUACAUUACCAUUUCACUUUAAGGAACUGAACUGUUUUACUGAUGUCGAUCAAAUCAAGUCAAGUAAUUCGAAAAUGUUAUCUACAUGGCCGUAUGUGACAUCAAUCGAUUUGUCUCAAUGCAACAAUUUGGAUGUAAAUCUAAUCAAACAACUGAAAUCCAACAUGCCGAAUUUAACAACAAUAAUCUUGAGUGCGGAAUCAAUGAACAACUUAGUGAUAGAUGAGACUAUGACACUAGAUAAUGUUAGUACUAUUCAUUGUAAAGGCGAAUACCUGCAAAAUAUUAAACAGUGGCUAGUCAAGGUCGUUCCGAACACAAAAAAGUUGGUUUUAUCAUAUCGACCACAAUUUGCAACGUCUUCCUUGAACCGAACGGUGUAUUUGCAUAAACUUGACGCAUACUUUCGUGGUCCACAAACGAUUAGAAAUUAUACUUAUUUUCUAAAUAUUCAACAUGUUGAUGUCAAAUUUACCGUGGACGACGCCGAGGAUUUCUAUAGGCAUGUGCUUCGCCUUAUUCGGGAGUUUUUCGAGAUGUUCAAGAAUUUGAAUUCAUUUACAUUUGAGUUUUAUCAAAAUAUUUUCGAUAUGAACAAUAUCCCGUUCAGAGAACCAAGCGAACUGGUUAAGUUAUUAAAUAUGGACAGAAUUUCGCAGAAAUAUCGCCUGAAACGCGUCGACAACUAUAUUCAAUUUAUCAAAAAAACUCGUGUAUAA